AUGAUCAAAUCGUCGACUCCUGUAAGUACUAUUUCCUCUGUGGACAUACAUAACACAACAACUACAUCAAAUGCUGUUCAAAGUGGUCCAUGUACAAAAGCUCAGUGUAAACUAUUACUGUUUUUCUUUCUUGAUAAUAUGAAGAUCGAUUUGAAUUUUUCCUUGUUAGUUCAAAAUACCAUGGAAGGUUCGCGUAGCGUUAAAAACGCUAAAGAAGUUGAACAACUACUUCGUGAUUAUCCAGCUGCAUUGAAACUCUAUCGAACAGGAAAAUAUAAAGUCAAAGUAAAAUAUGAAGCUGAUGUUGAGCGUGUUAUGCUCGUUGAAAAACGAUCAACAAAAGUCGUGUCGAAUAAUGAAACAAAAACAAAUGGUGCUCAACAAAAUUAUCAAUCUCGUCCUACUUUAUCAACAGAUUCGGAGAGAAGAAAACAAGAAAUUUUAACAGAAAAAGAUUCCGAACGAUCACGUAAUCGUGCUGAAUCGCAAGAUCAUACUGUACCAGUAACAUCUGCGACAGAUAAUAGUUCUUCAGUUAAGGCAACAACCUCAUCAAUGCCUACGAUCGUUAAUACUCAGCCUAAAACUGAUCUUCAUUCAGCAGCAUCCAAAGAUCAGAAAAUUCCAGAACCAUCAUAA